AUGGACUCACGGAGGUUGGACGACAUUCUGCUUCUGGCCGAUGAGAAGUUUGACUUUGACCUGUCCUUGUCAUCUUCUAGUGCAAAUGAAGACGACGAAGUCUUUUUUGGACCUGCUGGACACAAAGAACAGUGUGCAGCUGCCAGAGUGGGUGUCAGUAAUCACACCCCUGAGGGACCUGCCCCCAAGGCUGGCAGUCACUUUCCUUGGAGCCCCCUCACUGGGGAGAAGUUUGUGGAAGUUUACCGUGAAGCUCACAUGUUGGCUCUGCAGAUCGGAGGCAGCGCUAGCCGGGGCUCCGUCUCUGAGAAGGCCGCAGACCCGGGAGGCCAGGGCCUGGAGGUAUUUGUGAAGGAAUCAGCAUUAAAGAUAAGCCUCUUUGAGAAAGGGUGUGACGUGGAGAAGAGUCCCACAUCUCUGAAGAGGGAGACCUACUGCCUAUCCGAGAGCCCUCUGCUGGGUCCAACCCCCUUGGGACUCCAGCCUGCUGCUGGCCUGGCCCUGCGCCUGGGCUCUACCCCCGCCCCACAGAGCACCCCUGCCCAGGCCAGUCUCCCCUGCAUGCCGGAGCCCAGACCCUCUUCUCAGAUGGCGUCCACAGCGCCACCAGGUACUGCUCCACCUCCAAAAAGGAUCAUCAGUAAAUUGCAGCCGCCCCGAGCUCUGGCUGCCCGAGGAAGAAGCAUCCCCUCGGCCAUGGAGAAGCCUGAGAGAGAGAGACCAGCGAGUCCUUCCAGGACAACGUUCCAUGAGAAGGAAUCCCACCCACAGGUGCCUCCUGAGAGGCCCAGAGUGGCUCCAGGUGCUGUUCCAGGGCCUGCCAGCAGCAGCCUGAUAUCAGGCAAGAGAGUGCCACCUGGGCCAAGCAAGUUGGGGCUAAAGAGGACCCUGUUGAGACCACCAGGCCGCACAGGCAGUCUUGCGAGGAAGAGCUUUUCCUCCGGGCCUGUUCCAGGCGCUCCGCCUGUGCCUGCCCAGCCAACAGGAGGUCCAGGUAAAUCAGGUGAACGAGUCAGUAUUCCUGCAAACAGUUCCCGGACUCUGUCCAACACCAGGACUCAGAGCAGACUCAGACCCACCACCCUGCAGCGGUCCAGGCCCAUGGGUCCUGCAGAUGCCUCCAGCAAGCAAACCAAGUCGGCCAAUGUGGCCCAGGUCACAGGUGGGUUCCUGGAGGCCAGCGCUGCUUCCCUCACACAGUCACAGACGCCAGAAAAUGCAGGCGUGAGCCUCAACUCCACUUUCAGUCUGCCGGAGUCUUUUCAGCCAAGCACAGCUAAGAGUGCAAGAAGGCAGGAUGCCGACUUGGAAUCCGAGACAAAGGCUCUGCAUGCUCCUCCGAACCCAUUUAAAACCCCCAAGUCUUCUAUUGGGGUGUCUCCAGUCAGUGCAACCCCACAACGCUCUCGGACACAGAGACCACUGUCCUGCGCAUCACUGGGAAGGGCUGUCCACAGCACCCCCGUCAGACGUGCAUCCGGACCAGCCCCACAAAGCCUCCUUCCCAGCACCAGGACACCACUGAGUACAAAACGGGCUCUGGCCAUGCCCACCCCGGCCAGCCACCGCCUCUCUGGCCUCCCGUUCAUGAUGACACGGAGCAUACCACGGGCUCUGGCUUCUCCCCAGUGUGGCCCCGUCCGGCGACUUUCCUCAGAGCCCCGGAGGAGGUCUGGGGCGAGAGACCACCUGGCAACUGAGAGCAGCAGAAAGCCGGAGGUCCGCCCAUCUGACUCCUCGUCCCAAGAGAGUGUUUCUCCCCUGUCGGUUGUGCCCCAGGAGCUCCAUUUUUCUCCAGAAAAGAGAGAUUUUGCUUUGUCAAAAAAUCUCACUGCAGAAGCACCUCUGCCUGAGGCCAAAACAGCGGAAAAGGCAUCCCCAAAUGAGGCUAUCCUAGUAGAUCUCCAACUGGAUCAGCUUUCCAUCACCCCAAAGACUGAGAGCAAGCCCCUAACUGACCUUCCUCUCAUCGACUUCUGCAACACACCAGAGGCCAGUGGAGACCAGUGUCCACCAAAACCCUUUGUGGCUUUGGCAUCUGAAAGCAGACCUCUGAUCGACCUCAUGGUAAACACUCCAGAUGCGAAUAAAGAUGCUGCACUGAAGCCUCUACAAGUAGUGGGCCAGCUCAUAGACCUGGCUUCCCCUCUCAUCCAGCUGAGCCCUUCCACCAACAAGGAGAACGUGGAGUCCCCGCUUCUCAAAUUCUGA